AAAUAAAAAAAAUCACUGAAAUCAUAAAAACGUUUAGCUGUUCUUAAAAGCUAGAAUAUUAAACAUCAUUUUAUAUUUCCUUAGCUUUUUAUAAUUGUUGAAAGAUAUGAACAUUUAAAUGAUAAUUCUGUGGAUGUCGGAAAAACUUGUUCAAUCCCCUCCCUAGAGUGUAACUAUUUGACACUUCAUAYACCAAGGGACGCCUUUCACUUUUCCGCAUAUUCAAGCGAGGUCCACGUUUUCUUGAAAAGCCAAAAUGAGCUUCUUUCAAAAAUUCGUAAUCAUUGCAGAUAUCAUUGGAUUUUUUAUCAUAACUCGCUACCCGUACAUAGAUCUAUUCUGUAUCUUAAUGAGGCAUGGUAGCUUGGCCGAUUUGAACAAGCAAGGGACUUUCAACCCAACAGCUGGCCGACUUCAAAUGACAAUGGACGCCAUCAAACAGAACUUUGAAGUGUUUGUAAACGGAGCGAUUUUCUUCGUUUGUGCUACAGGGAUGACACUGGACAUGCAGAGAAGGRGWUGUGGUAUUAUUGCAGCGUUUCAUGUGAUCUGUGCAGCAAUUAUGACCUGUAUUGAACACAAACAAUCAUGGUCAGAGUUUAUGAUUGUAAAGAUAGUUGCUAGAGCAAUUGCAUCAGUUGGGGCUUACCUUUUUGUUGCUGGUGGUCUCACUGAUAGCACCAAGGGACAAGGUAAAGUGUUCCAAUAUUUAGAGAUUGGUCGCAAGCUGCUGUCACUCUACCUUUUCUACUUAGCUUACAUGAUUUGGAUCAAUAAAGAAGACANUUUUCUCUCUUCGCUAUUACGGCGCUUCGCGCGGACAAAAACAUUAGCGAAGAGAGAAAACAUCAAACCUCUGGGACCAGGGUAG